AUGGUGUUGGAUGAGGGUGUUGAACAAGUCAAAGACAGGAUGACUGAAAUUGAUCACAACAAUUACAACUACCUUUCCAUUAUCGUUCAAUUGGGCUCUACGCUUCCCCCGACACCCUCAAACGCCGUUCCAGUUGGUCAAGUAGGCGAGUUGCCAAAUACUCAAUUGUACAGAGUGGACAAGUCUCUAGGCACGCAAGUAUUGGAAUCCGUCAGAUCAGCACUGGAGUCUCACAAUCACGUCAAGUCCGUCGAAUUACAAUUCCCUCAUUCUAGGAGAGUCAAAAGGGAUGAACUUUGA